UCAAGGUGGGGGGGACACCCAAAUCCGCUUAAUGACUGUACGAUUCCCUUAACAACCGCCAUCCUCUUCCAACUGCUCCAAGCUGGACUUCCAAUUCUCCACCCCCCACCCCCAUGGAGCUGCUGGGCCCGGUGGCUUCCGGAGAUUCGUGCAACAGCAGCACGCCGGAGGGGAAACCCAGGGCCUUCAACCCCGAGCUGCUGAACAUGACGGCCGAGGAACUGCGCGUCCAAUACCUGGGUCCCCGCCGGUCGGGUUUCUUUGUUCCCGUCUGCACCACCUACUUGCUGAUUUUCGCAGUGGGGGCCGUGGGCAAUAUGAUCACCUGCCUGGUCAUCGUCCGGCACCGUUUCAUGCGGACGCCCACCAACUAUUACCUCUUCAGCUUGGCUGUCUCGGACCUCCUGGUGCUCCUUCUGGGCAUGCCGUUGGAGAUCUACGAGAUGUGGAGCAACUACCCCUUCCUCCUGGGAGCUGGCGGCUGCUGCUUCAAGACGCUGCUCUUCGAAGCCGUCUGCUUCGCCUCCAUCCUCAACGUGACGGCCCUCAGCGUGGAGCGCUACAUUGCCGUGGUCCACCCGCUCAAGGCCAAGUACGUCGUGACCAAGAACCACGCCCAGAAGGUCAUCCUGACGGUUUGGGUCUUCUCCUUUAUCUGUUCCAUCCCCAACACCAGCCUCCACGGGAUACAGGCGCUCUACGUGCCAGGGUGGGGCGUGGUUCCCGACUCGGAUACCUGCACUCUGGUGAAGUCCCCCUUGGUCUACAACCUCCUCAUCCAGGUGACCACCAUCGUCUUCUUCUUCGUCCCUAUGGCCGUCAUCAGCGUCCUCUAUCUGCUCAUCGGCCUGCAGCUGAGGAAGGAGAAGCUGCUGGAAGCCCUGGAGGCCAAAUCGGGAAGCCGCUCCGACUACCACAGCAUCCGCCUCCAGCUGAAGAAAGCACGGAGGAGGCAGGUGACCCAUAUGCUGUUCAUGCUGGUGAUCGUGUUUGGCAUCUGCUGGGCCCCCUUCCACACCGACCGGCUGGUCUGGAGCUUCGUCACUCACUGGACGGACCAGAUGCAUCGCGUGUUCCAGUACCUCCACAUCCUCUCUGGCGUCUUCUUCUACCUGAGCUCGGCCGUCAACCCCAUCCUUUACAACCUGAUGUCCAGCCGCUUCCGCGAGAUGUUCAAGGACGUGAUGUGCCACAGGCGGUCCCAGCGAUGGAGGUCCUGUAAGCGCUCACCCAGCAGCGUGCGCACCACCGUGCGCAGCACCGUUUUGGAGCACCUCCCGGGAAGCCAUGGGCUGCCCCUCUCGGACAUGGAGGACAACGAGGGGGGCCCUGCGAGAGACAACGCGGAUGAAGGAGAGGACCCGUAUCUCUUGAGGGCUUUCCCAGCGGGCCGGUUCUCGUCGGGGGCCUCCAUGCAAGGAGCUGAGCCUUGCGACUACAAUACGGCAAGUCCUCAACUUGUAACGCUUCGUUCAAAGUUACAACGGCAAUGAAAAAAGUGACUCGUGACCGCUUUCCAUGCUUACGACCGUUGUCGCAUCCCAGUGGUCACGUGAUCAAAAUCCAGGCCCUUGGCAACUGACUCGUAUUUACGUCCUGGAGUUACCUGUUUUGCGACUUUCGGAA